AUGCACUUCUCACUCGUCUUGACACUUUUCGCAACUCUGGUUUCGGUUUCAGCAGCUCCCUCAAAUCCAGGAGUACUCUCUUUUGCCGUCACCAAAGAGCCCAAGGACGUCGCCAUUGCAAUCAAGAACCCUCCUGGGACAUACUACAGGGCCAAAGUCUCGCUUGGAACACCGGCACAAGUGUUUAACGUCAUUUUCGACACCGGUUCUUCUGAUCUAUGGGUCCCCAACUACGACUCCAAGGCGUCGUCUUCCUACAAGUACCUCAAUAGCGACUUCAACGUCUCGUACACUGCAGUCAAUGGCAUCCUAGGCGACUGGGCCACCGAGACUCUCAAGCUUGGACCUGUUACGCUUGAAAACUUCCAGUUUGGAAACGUCAAGGGAAACCAUGCUGGUGGUGGAGUGUUUGGAGUGGCAUUUCGAGCACAGGAAAUGGUGAAACCCGGUGACUACUACGACAACUUCCCCUACGCGGUCAAAAAGGCCGGUUACAUCAACAAGGCAGCUUACUCUGUUUUUCUGGACGAUCCAGACACUAACGAAGCUACCUUUCUGCUCGCAGGAGUUGAUCAUGCCAAGUUCGAAGGAGAUCUCUCCUGGCUAAACGUCUCGGACCCUGCUGCGGGAGCCCUGGUCCAACUAAAAGACAUAUCCCUGGGGUCCAAGCACAUGACAGUGGACGCCCCAGUGGUGCUGGAUACCGGAACGAUCUUCACCAGUGUUCCCGACCCCAUCUACCAGGAGCUCAAGAAGACCCUGAAUCUCGGAAAGUUCAACAAGUUCCUGGGAAUCAACUACAUUGACUGUGACGCCAAGAUGUCUGUUGCCUUCAACUUCCCCGGAGCUACAGUUCUUGCUGAUGAAAAAUCUCUGGUGGUGCCCAUCGGGCCUUUCUAUGGCAACGAUGAUAAGAGAUGUGGAUUUGGAAUCCAGAGUACCACUGUGUUUGGAGGAGACCCCAUUAUGGGAGACACGGUCAUGAGAGCUGCCUAUGUCGUCUACGAUCUGGAAGAUCAUCGAUGUGGAGUUGCUCAGGCGGCAUACAACGAUAAGUCGGAUGUGAGACCUUUGCAAUGA